AAGAAGAAAGAAAUGGCUGGGACUGGGAUGACGAGUUUUCCCUACAGGUCACUCUCGCAGUGUUCGUUGGCCAAGUCAAAGUCCCAACAAAAUUUAUCACCAUUUUAUUCUGUGUAGUUCGUGAGAUGGUGAAAGCGAAACAUAGCAAACCAUAAAGAAUUAAAGUCAAAAUUCCAUAACCCAUUAAGCUUCAAAAUUGCCAGCUUUGUCUCUUUCUCUCUUCUUCCCUCUCUGUGUUUUUCUUUUUAAUUUUAUAUUAAACAGAUAAUAUUAUAUAGCAGGACUGUAUGCAAGAGACGAGACAGAUGGCUAUCAGCUCCAUCAUCUAUAUCAUCGUCAUGUUCAACAAUCCCUGCUGCAUUCAUAAUGGUGACUUGGUCAGAAUAAUGCCACAUAUAAAGAUCCCAAUUUCUAGUUUUUAUUCCUCAGCUUAUUUUCAGUUUCAAUUCCUCUACUUUAAUCAUUGGUGGGUUUUUCUUUCUACUCUGCCGAUUUAUUGAUUCUUUUACUUGCAAGUGGUUUGAGGGUUCUGGUUGCUCUUUUUGUUGGAGAUGUUUUAUGAUUCUGGUGGUUUUUGCAUUCCUGGGAUGUCUAUAUCAAGAACUCCCACUUAUGGAGCUAUUUUGAUAAUGUGGCUGUGUUGGUCUUCUGUGCUCAUUGAAGCACAAGAUUCCAUUACUGAUCCUGUGGAAGUGAGUGCACUGCAGAACAUCAGGAGGAGUUUGAUUGAUAUCAAUAGAAAUUUGAGCAAUUGGAACCGUGGGGAUCCCUGCACAUCAAAUUGGACAGGAGUUUUGUGCUUCAAUAUAACAAUGGAUGAUGGCUAUCUGCAUGUUAGAAAACUGCAACUACUUAAUAUGAAUCUGUCUGGAACUUUAUCACCAUCACUUGGUAGCUUAUCUCAUUUGAAAAUAUUGGAUUUUAUGUGGAACAACAUAAGUGGGAGUAUACCCAAGGAGAUAGGAAAAAUUAAAUCCUUGGAACUCUUGCUUUUGAAUGGAAACCAAUUGAUAGGUCCCUUGCCUGAAGAGCUUGGAUAUCUUCCAAACUUGGACAGAAUACAGAUUGACCAGAACCAUAUAUCAGGACCAAUCCCUGUGUCAUUUGCAAACCUAAACAAAACGAUGCACUUUCAUAUGAACAACAAUUCAAUUAGUGGGCAGAUCCCACCGGAACUAUCCAGAUUACCAAAUCUUAUUCACUUCCUUCUAGACAACAACAACUUAUCUGGAUAUCUUCCACCACAGCUCUCUGAAUUACCAAACUUACUGAUACUUCAACUUGAUAACAACAACUUUGAUGGGGCGACAAUUCCUGAUUCUUAUGGCAACAUGACUAAACUGUUGAAAUUGAGUCUCAGAAACUGUAGUUUGAAAGGUCCAAUACCUGAUCUGAGCAGGAUAUCAAACCUUGGUUAUCUAGACCUCAGUAUAAACCAGCUAAAUGGAUCCUUACCUCCUGAAAGGCUUUCUGGGAAUAUUACAACCAUUGAUCUAUCCAACAAUGAUCUUGCUGGAAGUAUCCCAGAAUACUUUUCAGGCCUGCUUCAUCUUCAGAGACUGUCAGUUGCAAACAAUUCACUGAAUGGCUCCCUUCCAUCUACCCUUUGGCAAAGUCGGAAUCUGAAUGCAUCUGAAAGACUCAUCUUGGAUUUUGAGAACAAUAGACUGGAAAGCAUUUCUGCCAAUGGCAGUAUUAUUCUCCCUCAGAAUGUUUCACUCAGGCUUCAAGGCAACCCUGUAUGUUCAAAUUCCAACCUGGUCCAAUUUUGUGGAUCUCACAAUGAGGAUCUUUACAAGCAGGGUUGGACAAAUACUACCGAUAACUGUCACAUUCAAUCAUGUCCUUAUGUAUAUUCCCCAACAUCUCCUGUAAAUUGUUUUUGUGCUGCCCCUCUUUAUGUUGGAUAUCGAUUGAAAAGUCCUGGAUUCUCCAAUUUUCAACCCUACAGAGAUGCAUUUGAAAAGCAUUUGGCAUCAGGUCUCAACUUGGAACUUUAUCAACUAUACAUUGAAAAUUUUCAAUGGGAAGUAGGACCUAGAUUGCGAAUGCAGUUGCAGCUAUUUCCUAUCUAUGAUGCUAGCAACAAGAGUUCUCAUGUGUUUAAUACAAGUGAGGUUCUGCGUAUCAUGAGCAAGUUAACUGGAUGGGACAUUCCUGAUAAUGAUAUAUUUGGACCUUAUGAACUUCUAUACUUCCCUCUGUUGGACCCUUACGAUAAUGUGAUUCUUCCGUCGUCAUCAUCAGCUGGUACAAGCAAGGGUGCUUUGGCUGGCGUAAUACUGGGUGCCAUUGCCAGUACAGCUGCAUUGUGUGUAAUUGUUUCACUUCUUCUCAUGAGGGUCUUUUUGAGGAACUACCAUUUGAGGGACUAUCGUGAAAUUUCAAAAAGACGUCAGGCAUCUAAAGCCUCAAUGAAAAUUGAUGGCAUGAAGGAUUUUACUUAUACUGAACUGGCUUUGGCUACCAACAAGUUUAGUAGCUCCACUCAAGUUGGUCAAGGAGGAUAUGGAAAAGUUUAUAAAGGCAUUCUGGCAGACGGCAUAGUUGUGGCCAUCAAAUGUGCUCAGGAGCAUUCUCUACAGGGUGAAAAGGAGUUCUUAACAGAAAUAGAAUUCUUGUCAAGGCUACAUCAUAGGAAUCUCGUUUCUUUGGUUGGAUAUUGUGAUGAAGAAGGUGAACAGAUGUUGGUUUAUGAGUUUAUGUCAAAUGGCACUCUUAGAGAUAAACUUUCUGCCAAGUCUAAAGAACCCCUGAGUUUUAGAUUGAGAUUGAGAAUUGCCUUAGGUUCAGCGAAAGGCAUCUUCUACCUGCAUAAGGAAGCUAAUCCUCCAAUUUUCCACCGAGAUAUCAAGGCAAGCAACAUAUUGCUGGACUCCAAUUAUAAUGCAAAGGUUGCUGAUUUUGGACUUUCAAGACUCGCCCCAGUUCCAGAUAUUGAAGGGGCUGUGCCAGCUCAUGUGUCCACAGUUGUAAAGGGUACUCCGGGUUACCUAGAUCCAGAGUAUUUUCUAACACAUAAAUUGACAGAUAAGAGUGAUGUUUAUAGCCUUGGUGUCGUAUUUCUGGAGCUGUUGACGGGGAUGCAACCAAUCUCACAUGGCAAAAACAUUGUCCGAGAGGUCAAUAUUUCAUACCAAUCUGGUAUGAUAUUCUCAGUUAUUGAUGGACGUAUGGGUUCUUAUCCUUCUGAUUGUGCGGAUAAGUUUUUUAAUUUAGCCAUGAAGUGUUGCCAGGAUGAGACAGACUCAAGACCAUCAAUGGCUGAUGUGGUCCGAGAACUUGAAACCAUAUGGGAGAUGAUGCCAGAAUCUGAUAAGAAAACAACAGAUGAAGUGACCACUGACCCUGAAAAGAUAGUGCGUUCACUAUCUUCAGUGUCCAUGGUGAAGCAUCCUUACGUGUCAUCCGAUGUUUCUGGCAGUGACCUUGAAAGUGGAACUAUUCCUAGUAUCCAUCCGAGAUAAGUGACACUGAAGGAUAUUGAUGGCAACCGACUACAGUUACUGUAGUAUUUAAAAUUUGAACUUCAAGGUUUCUGUAUGUAGUGUUACUAUUAUUUGUUGUAUAAGUUAAUCUUAAAUUUGAAUCAGGUCUAAUUCACCCAAAAGCUAACUCAAGGAAGAAGAGUACCUAUGACCAAUAUAAGGGGUACAUUAUCCCUUUUCACAA